AUGACGAGGUCUCCCGAAAAUAAUGAGAUCCUCGUGAGUUUUGAAAAUCUUAAAAAAUGUUAACUUGUUGGAAAUCUAAGUUCUGAUGGUUUUGAUGUUUCUUUAUUCCUUAUUGGUAGAUAAAUCUAAGAAUUUCAAACUUUUUCCUUUUCAAAAUAUCUUUUUUCAGUGCGAUCCUUUCAUUUGCCCCUUCCAACCGUUGACAACAUCUACAACCACUGAAGCUUCUGUUACUUUCCCUAUAAGCUCAUCUACAGCUCCAUCAAGUGAUUGGAUCUCGGCGAAGAGUUUGACGACUUCAGAAACUUUGACGUCUUCUACUUCUACGUCGAUUUUAAUUCAAACUUCAAUUUCUUCUGCUUCAAGACUCACUCAUACUCUAGUUUCUACCUCUACUCAAACUCCGACGCCUUCUUCUUCGAGCUCAACCUCCCCUUGGACUUCACUUUUGACUUCCACCUUGACUUCUACUUGCACUACUACCUCCACCACUACGGACAUUCCUACAACCCCUCCUUCAUCGUGUUCAUUCUCGACAUUAACUAAAGUUGCUGAUCCAGCCAAGAAAGAGUCGAUUCCAAACUUCAAGUAAAUCUGAAACAUUGGUAACUUUAAGCAAAAAAAGGUUUUAGGUACAGUCCGACGACGCUUCAUGCUGAAUGUACACUACCUAAUCCUCUUUGUGUCCCGUUGAUUGCUGUGAGUGCCCCUUUUGUUACCUCUUCCUUUCGAAAAGAUUUUUAGCGCUUCCUUAUUUUAUUUCGAGGCAUUUUCACCAUACGAGUAGAUUUUUCUGAAACUGGAAGUCAAAAUGGAAGCCUCUUCAAGCUUUCUAUAGCCUUUUAAUACAACGAGAGACAGCUCUAACCAUUUUUCCAAAGUUCGCGCCAAUACAAUAACAUUAGCGUAUUUCUGGUGCACUACUUAAACAUUUCAACAAAUCAGACAAUUUUUUCCUUCUAUAUAAAAUUUUGUAAGGUUUAUCUCAUCAAUCGGUUGGAUUCCUACAUGGCUGAUACCUACCCAACUAUUUUCGAAUGCUCCGACGGCGCGAUCCUUUUCCAUGGAUUGUGAGUUAAUAUAUUUUUUCAUUCCAAUAUCUGGUUUUUUUUUUGCAGUCCGACCACCGGAAUAUUCUGCGUGAUUGCUUGCCCAUAA